AUGCUGACGUCCUUGCUUCUCUCGCGGCUGAACGCCGCGCUAUCUUCCGUCUUCCAGGACAUCCAGAGGGACCAGCUGAAUUUCUCUCUUCUUGCCGGGGAACUCUCUCUGGAGAAUCUUCGUCUGAAAGAAAACGUCCUCCUGCCUUUCUCCUUUCCGCUGGAAGUCACGUAUGGCUGCAUCCGCUCGCUCCGUAUCAAGCUGAAUCUUCUGCAGCUUCUCUCGCGGCCAGUGACCAUCGAGGUGAACGACAUUCUGACGGUGUUGACGACUCUGCCGGCCCAUCGAUGGAGCGUGGAAGUCGAAGAAGAGAACUGGAAGAACACCAAACAGAUCCUUCUUCUCUCCGACGAAUGGCUCACGUUUCUGCGGGGGAGCGACACAAGCGGAGGCUCCCUUUUUAGUCGACUGAUCGCCGGUGUCAUCAGGCGCAUAGAGCUGUUUGCGACUCGGAUUGAGCUACGCCUCGAGGAAGGGGAGAUUCGUGAUAGCUGCGUAUUUGCCUUCGGAUGGAGGACCGAGCGAAUUCACACGCUUCAAUGCGAGAACGAGCAGGAGCUAGAGCCUGUGGAUGGCGCCAGGUGCAAUCCAGCAGAUCCCUCUCCUUCACAUUGUUCGUCUUGCCCCGUGCAUUCGACAGGCAAGCAGGACUCUUCGCGCCGGCUUCUCUCCAGUGACGAGUCGCCUUGUACAGAUUCUUCGACAGUCGAUCCAGGAUUCCUGGAAGCUCUCUCGCCUUUUCCAGGCGGCGAUCGGUCUGCCUCGUCUCCCGACGUUUCCUCGCUGUCGUGCCAAUGCCGCGGGUCCUUUGCUGACGGGCGUCAAGAGGACGGCGAGGCCUGGGUAGAGACGAGCGUGGGCGGGGACACAGAGGCGGGGGAUGGCGGCCCCAGGCGUCCGAGCGAAGCGGGUGGAGGAAUCGGAGGGGACAAUUCGACGCGGAUUCUACGAGGCAAGAGCCGCUGCGGAUACAGCGAGACAGUCGGCGAUCUGGUGCGCCUCGAGGCUCUCGAGUGCGUCGAGGGGAGCGACAGAGAGAUGCUGACAGGUCCGAGACGGCCCGCGUUCACAGGCCCAACGAAACCGAUGGAAGCGUCGACUGUACCCCGCGCAUUCCCGUCUUCUGCGUCUUUUUCUUCUGCCGGUUCCUCCGUCCGCGGAGCUUCGCGGUCGGAGGCGGUGGCCUCGGGCGCGGCGGGCGAGCCCUGCGAGCCCCCUCAGGAAGCGCGCACGGAAGGCGCGUCAUCGAUCUACGAUCUGUUUUCGCUGGACGACAUGUUUGCCAGAGCAGAGGAAAUUGUCUAUACAGGAGAGGAAGACAAUUCACUUCCUUACAUCGGUCUCACCUUUGUCUUCCCGUCCUGCACUCUCACCCUGAAGAAGGACCAAGUGACGAGCAUCUUUCAGUGGAUCCAGUACACCAUUUUCCUUUACUCCGAUCUCGUCUACGGGGUAGUCGCUGAUCAAAUGAACCUGAAGCCUUCGGUUGAGGAACGCGAGGCGUACAUUGCGGCGUGGCGGCGUCACCUCCUCACCAAGUCCGGCGGCCGUCCAGUCCUUCGUUCGCUUCAAACACCGGCGUGUCCUGACCACAGACCGCCCUGCCUGCGUUCUCGUUCCGCCUCCGUGCCUGCCUCGCGGACUCGCUGCCUGUGCCCCACCUGCCCCGUGGUGACGGAAGCGGCGAAGCGGGCAGAAGGGUCGGUGAGGGACGCGGAGAUCCUCCGGGCCUUCGAAGAGAAGUUCUGGGUGGACGAAAUCGUGCCGCUGCGCCACGCGGCUCUCAUGUCUCUGAAACGCGCGACCGAGAGGCAGCGAUACCAGCUGGAAGGCGGAUGGAGUGCGAUAGCCUUUGCCGCGCUGCGGAGCCAGGGCGCUGGGUGGGCGCGACAGGAACGCGCGGUCGAGCCCCGUGAUCCAAGCCCACAGCGAGGCCCGGGCGAUGCAGCGAUUGCACCUGGACGUCGCCACAGAACGGCCCUGUCGUGCCAUUCGUCCGAGGCAGCACAGGCGGCGGACCUCGCCCCAGGGCCGAGGAGUGCAGGCUGCUCGCCGGGGGGUGAGACGCGGGGCGAACGCGCACUGGGGCAGCCAGACAGCCCGCUACACGGUUUGCAGGGAUGGCGUGGCGGCGGCGGGAGAGCAGGAGCCGUCGAGACGGGAGAGCGCAGCGAUGAAUCUGGUGCGGCCAGAGAGCGAGACGAGCCGCGAGAGAACGACUCGACGCUUGUCCUCGUUGCGCAGCCCAUUUCCGGGGGCGCGACACGUCCAGGAACGCAGGUGUCUCCGAGUGUGGAGCCUGCAGGGCGAGCAGGCGACCGCGUGUUUGAGCGCGACGGAGGUCGUCAGAUUGUUGUCGCCGGACCGGACGGCGCAGAACUCGUAUUCGAGAGGACUGCUCUGGCCGCAGAGUCUUUGCCGGGAGCACACGUCGGCGCUCCCUUUAACCCGUGUGGCCGCCACUCGUUUAUGUCUCCUUCCCGUUCCUGUUCGUGCUCCUCUUCGCUCUUGUGCUCCACAGACUGCGCGGCGUGGCAAGGUCUCCAAGCAGACCCUGGGAGAGGACAGACGCUGUUCGAUCCGUUAGCCUCGUCGCUUGACGCACCGUACCUUCGCGAGAGCAUGUGGGGCUCACGUGACGUCUUUCUGCCGCGGCACGAGGCUGACGAGGACGAGACGUCGUGCACUUUGCUCGGAGGCGGCGCAGAGCAGACCGACCCUCUCGAAGAAGAGUGGGAUGAGGAAGUUUUGAGAGAAGACGUUCUCCGCAACAUCGAGGCGCUCCACUCAGGACGCUUCACAAAGUCCCUUCUCCUCGCUUUCGUGUUUGAAACUGUGCAGCUGAAACUGUGGAGCUGCCCUCGAGCUUCGGCAAUCACAGAGGACGACACGUGCGUCGUCGCGAACAAAUCCGGCGUUUCGAGGCCUCGCGCUGUGCGUCGUGUGGGAAGAAGGCACGGAGACAACGGGGACACCCGAGACGCGCCACGAGACGCUUGUCAGCCAUUUCGGUCAGGGGGCAGAGACACCAGCGCCGAGAGAACAGCCUGGAACGAUUGGAGGGCGGUCGUGAGAGAGUGGAGCCCGUUCGCGUGGCAGCGGGAACCAAGCCAGCGAGAAGACGUCGGCGAGGCAGCUGACGGCGAACGGUGUCUCCUGUUCACCUGCAAUGAACUUUACUUCCACCGGCUGAACUGGGCAGACGGCAGGGGCUCUAGCGCGUUGUUUUGCGACGACGUGUCUCUAAUUGAUCGCUUUUCAGCUCCUUCGCCCUUGUGCCAAAUCGUUCGGUCUUACGCGCCGCCGUCGUAUCCCGGUUACUGCGCAGCAGCAGCUGGACAUCCCACUCCACAUUCGGAUCCAGGCGCCGCGUCUGCAGUUCGACACUUGCCUCCACAGAAUUCGCCUUCGUCUUCCACGUCGACAGACGUUCGUUCUCCGCUGGAGUCUCCCCUCUCUGUAGCAGACCCGCGGUGCUCUGCCGCUCGGGAUCAUGCGCCAGGUCACCCAUGCACUCCUUCUCAUCGAGAUGUCUCCUCUUCUUCUCCUUCUCGUAUCCCCUCCACCACCACCACUACUUGUUCUUCGUCCUUUCUCGGGCCACCUCGUCCUUCUUCUUCUUCCCACUUGUCUUUGCCGCCGGGCCCCGUCCCGCCGUCCGCCUCGCCUGCGGGGACGUGGGCGGAGGCAGGCUCUGCGCUCGACUCCAAAGCCGGGACUCGUCAGGACAGUCGAAACAGCGACGCCCGCGCGAACGCUGCAGAAGCGAGAGGCGGCGCGACGGGCCGAGGAGCCCUGGGCGAGACGGCAAGACCUCCGUCGCGGGCCUCAAAGGAAGGCGGUUGCGUGGACCCGCCGCUGGCCAAUGCGACGGCACGCACCGCAGGCAGCGACUGGAGAUGGAGGCGGGAAGAACCGGGCGCAGUCAGCACGACUGCCGCUUCCGAGUUUUGGUUCACGCAGGGAGGGGCGAGUCCCUCGCCUCGGGACCCAAGGCCUUUAUUUUCGUCUUCUUCUGGGCAGAGUCUGCUGAGAGACGGGCGUCGACAGUACUGUUGGAUUCGCGUAGAUCAAGUGUUCAAGCGCAUGCCAGCGCAUCCCGACGUUGUUCUGUACGGCGAGAUGUCAGGCCCUGUCGUGGUGACCGUCUCGCCGGCAGCCGUAAGCGCCGCGCUCUCGGCCUUCAGCGAGGCCUUGGAGCCGGUCGAGAAGGCGUACGUCGUCGCGCGAGCAGAAAGGCGAGUUCAAGAGGCCAUGCACAGAAGCGAGGUCUUCAUGGCGGAGUUGGCCGCGGGAAACGUGGAGCAGCUUUACUGCGCCGAUGUGUGUGUCGCCGUGAAGAGCCCUGUGAGGUGCCUCGUUCCUCUCCGGAUCGAGGACGAGCUCGGCGGGGGGAGACCCGUCCAGGGGCGAUGCUGUGGGGAGGCGGGGGACGAGAUGGCUGGCCUCAUCGAACGGCGAGAAGCCGAACGCGUUGAGCGCCCCGCCGGCGUCUGCUCGACGUCUGAUGCACACGCCGGAGCUUCGGCGGGGUCGGCUCGCCCCGCGUCGGAGCCGGACGCUGGCGAUGCUUUAGGACGGCAGGAACGAAUCGACGACGAGGGCGGACGGCCCGGCUCUUCCAGGAGCGAGACGGAAAGCGAUCACAGGGGAAGAACGAGUUGGGGAGGAGACAGGGAGGCGACUGGGAGACUCAACGGAGACGCGCACCGCCGCCUGUGGCAGCCGGAAUCCCGGCGCUGGGGGGCAAAAGAAGAGACGGCGAAUGACGGUUUCCCGUCGAGUGGUUGCCGGGGACAUGAGAGUGAGGGCCCCUGGGCAGGGAAGGUUUUGGACAGCGAAGAUGACGGGAGUGACGGGAGUGGAAACGAAGAGGGGGACGACGCAGGAGAAAAUCGAUUCGGGACGUAUCUAGUUCACCCUGUUGCCCUACGAGUAUGUGGCGACGUUUGCCACAUGGGCACGCACCGGAUGGACGCCCUGCGCCUCCCCAAGUUGAGACUUCUCGUGCAAGACGACAGCGUCAGUGGUCUGUUUGUAGAGGUUUCCGACGACGACGUUCGGCGCCUAUCGGCGCUGGUCCGGGACUGUGUGGAAGCCUUCCAGUCUCCGACUGCGUCGCCGACUUCCCCCUCAGUCGUCCCGUCGCUCCCGCCCCCGCAGCUUGCAAGGUGGGAGACUGCGGCGCCCGUAGAUGUCCCAGACGGUCGCGUUCCACAGGCCACACGAGGCGCAUCCCCCCGAGAGCUGAGGGAGAGACGUGGAAGCGACCGUUUCUGUUAUUCUUCGUCUCAUCCUGUCAAUGUUCAUCGCUUAUCUGGAGUCCCUUUGUCCCCUUCCGCGCUCCGCACAGGUGCUGGAGCGAAUGAGCAGAGUGGUGACGCGAGUGGCGCCACCGGUCGCCUUUCUGUGGCGAGACACUACCUAUCUAGGGGACCGCCACAGUGCCAGGACAAGGCGGGUCAGUGUCCCUCGCCUUCCCGCAGCGCUUGCCGUCGCCCCGGCUCGUCCGGGCCCUCGACGUCCUGCUCCUUGGAAGGCGUUUCCUCCGCUACCUUUCGAUUUCCUACUUCGUCUGCAUCUUUGCCGCCUCGGCGGCCUAUCCAAAAAAGUUUUCCCCUUGUGCUUCCCCCGCCGUGGGAAGGCCAAGCCGUGUGCCCGUCUGAGGUGCGCGGGGCAUCGGCGUUGGGUAGAGUGCCGCCACCGCGUCGGCCCUUUUCCAGCUUUUCUUUGGAUCAGCAUUCCCACACUGGCGGGGACAUCCAGUCCGAGCUCAAGCGAUUGAUGGAGGCGGGGACUCUCCAUCGGUCGGGGAGACACGAGCUCCGGCCGGUCGGCGAUCCGGACCACGGCCGCGUAUCCACGCCGCAGAGACCAGACCGGGGCGCGGCCACGGGGGUCAACGCAGUCAACGAAGCGAACGCGCACCGCGCUGGGCUCCGUCCUUCUGUGGACCGGAGAAACGCAGAGAGUUCAUCUUUCUUUCACCGCCUGUCCCUCCGGGUGCAUCGUUCGCUGCUUCGACAGAAACAAAACGCGGGGAAGCACUGGCAGGUGUCGGCGCCCGGCGCUUCUCCUCGCCUUGACAGAGGACGGCCUCCGGUGCCUGAGCCGAACGCCCAGAAGCUGGGCAAGAUCGAAAGCCUCAAACGGUUCUUUACGGCAGCCGAAUCGGAUGCGUCGAAGAACAGGAGGCGUGUCCCCGCAUCGGCAUCUCUGUCUCCCGACCGAGGCCACGUUUCGGCCACGCACCGCGGUAUGCAGGAAGGAGACGAGUCUUCUUAUCCCGGCCACGAGACCGGCCUUGCGCUUGCGUCUCGAGGCGGCGCAUUCGCGAGAAGCCGAAAAGCGGGCGAGGCCGCUGAAAAGACGAUUCGGAGUGCCUCUCGACGCCGCCUCUUGUCCCUCUUCUCCCGGCGAGAGCGCCAAAGAGCCACGCCUGCUGGACAACAGUGCCCGGCUCUGUGGGGGCCGUCAAACCCAGAGGAGACGCGGCUUCUCGAGGAGGCGGGGACGACACAUUUAGAGACGCGGACUGGCAGGGACAGUGGUGAAUGGAGACAGACGUUUCCACGAGAGCCUCGACUGUUGCAAAACGCAGUGGUAUCCUCGCCGUCUGCCCCCCCGAUGACCCGUGGUGUGUCCACCAGUGACGGAGGAGGGGCGCCUGCCGAGAGUUCAAGAAGGAGGCUGCUGGCGCGGUCAGGGACGACCGAAAGCUGUUCAGAGACGGACGGCAGCGAGGGAGGAGAAGGCGCCCUCCACCGCCAGCCGGCCAGAAGAACAGGCGAGAAGGGAGUCAGGAGUCUGGUGGAGUUGUUAAAUCGCGAAGUGCAGUCUGGAGAAGAAUACAAGUGCUGGAAAGGGAGACGAAGAAAUCGCCUGUUGCGGCGACGAAGGAAACACGCGGCCAGUGACGACGAGGCGACCUUCGCUGGAGUCCACGACCAGAAGGGCUCAAACAACUCUUCUGGUCCUUCGUCGACAAGUAACGAGAGCGCGAAUGCGGAGUCUUCCAGUGGUUCUCUGUUCGCGAGCGUUGGAGAACACCCGGCGGAGCAAGAAGAGCCUUCCGCAAAGCUUACCGGUGUCCAGGAAAACGCGUCUGCGUCGUCACGGGGUCUGGUGAACGCCGAGGUGCUGGUGGAGCUUUCACGCCUGACGAUUCUCGUGCUGUGGAGCCCAAAGGGCCGCGCGUCGACUGCGAAGAGACAACUCAUCUCCACGCCCCGCGGCAGGCGCCCCCGCGCUCGAGGCACCCACUCGGAACAUCCCAGAUGCAGCGGGGAACCCACCGGGAGGAGGAUGCGUCCGAUGAUAAGUGACGGGGGGCGUACACCGAGGCUUCGAGGAGGCAGUUCCCCGAACUCGAACGAGAUGAGUCUGGCUUCGUUGCCUCAGGCGGAGGACGCAAAACGAUUUGCGUUAGUCCCGGCCUUGCCGCCCGCUCCUCAGGACUAUCUCAAUGAAGAGGCAAUGCGCCCUUCUUUUAUGCUGCCGGCAACUGGCGACGGCCCUGGCGCCUGGUGGGAUGGCCUCGGGGGGACGGAGUAUGAGUUGCUCUGUCCGUCGGCGUGGUGCAGCACUGAGGAAGGAGCGGAUCGGAUAGCAGAGGGGAUUGCCCAACUCCAGUUUCCUUUCUCGGUCUCCGAUGACCGUUUGGUGGAGGCCUCUCCAUUCCUAGAUGCAGCGGCCAGGUCGUUGACUGGGGCAGAGCGCCUGCGCUCUUUCGAGGACGGCUGCGGUCGCUGGCCUGACCCUGCAGACCUGGACUCGUGCGGCCCCCGCCGCGCUGACGGUCGGUCGCUGCUCAGUGGGGACGAGGGCGACGAACGUUUUCCCGCUCUCCUCCCCAAGUGCUGCGCGUGCUGUGGAACCGCUGGCGGCCACCGAGGGGAGGCGCAAGGCAAGAGACUCAAAAGCAGCCCCGCGCACUGUUUUCCCGGCGAAUCGAAACAGCUCUGUGUAGGAGUGUCGGUCGUUGCUGUGCGUGCGACAGCGUGGUCAGGAGGCACCUUUUUAGGAGAAGACGAGAGUGCAGGAAAGCCGCGAGGAGAGACUGUGGUGCCAGGGUCGACUCGGUGUAUCUACCGCUGUUCAGCUGGUACACUGUCUGUUGUCGUUCCUCAAAGCACGCAGACGGCGCGUUCGACGUCGCAUGCGGAUGCGUCGAAGGCAGAGGGGCCACGCCGCGCGGAACGAGAAGAUGUGAAGACCCACGACCGACGGAGGCAGAGGAGUGAAAGCCAGCUGCGCGCUUCGGCUUCUCUCGUCAGCGGAGGUGGACUGAGCCGCCGUGGAGAGCGGCGCAGACCCUCCUGCUGCAUGCGCGCCAGAGCGACCGACGGAAGCACAGAUUUCUCUGUUUCAGACGCCACACUUGACGGCGACGGGCGAGGUUCGCGAACGCCUGCGGGCGGCUGGAGACGGAUGAGAACCAGAAACGGCUUCGGCAGUGGCCUCUCGGGGAGUUUCGCUUUAGACCAGCAGAAAGAGCCAGAGGGGCGAGACGCUUACGCAGAAGCGGAUGCGCUUCCUGGAGCGACGGGCAACAGGGGCAGAACGCGCAGUCGAGAGCUAGGGGAAGCGACUGACAGGCUCGACGGGGGAAUGCAUCAAGUGCGAAGCCGCGCAAACCCGAGAUCGCGAGAACAGGAAACGAGGGAAAUCGCGUGGAGCAACACCUCGACGGAGCCUUGGUGGAGACGCCAAACAGCCUUUUUGCUGCAUGGGAUCCGCCGAGAGAACAAGGUUGCGCCCUCGCUCCUGCUUCUGCCUCCUCCGUCGCUUAUGGUUUCGCCUUGGGGAGCGCUCGUGCCGUUUCUUCCGCCCCCAAGAUCGGUGCCCGCCGCUUCGCCCGGCAGCCCCGACUCGACGCCUUGUGACGACUCCAGAGAAGACAGCGAAGAGGCCCUUUCGGAUCCUGCAACAUGCCGCUCGUGUAUGGGUUCUCUCUUGGCUUCGGCGGAUGUGCGAGAGUGGGGACUCCUUCACGUUUUUCCGUUUCCAGAGCUAGGCUUGGGACCACUGCCUGCAGUGCUGGGGUGCCUGAAGCGGUUGAGUGGGGACGAUGAAGACGAGAAGUGGGCGAGGAGAGAAAUGGAGUUGCAGAGACGAAAGGACGCAGCCAAGCAAGACAUCGCGGACCGGUGUCGGGUGGCAUCGACGGAGGCAAUGAAAGCCACAUUUGCCUCUGCUCUGUCGGCCCUGGCCACCCCAGCGGACAGCUCACCGGCGUUCGACGCACGGAAAAGAGGAGCGCCGCCGGUCGUCUGCAGCAGCGCCAGAGGGGCGCCUGAGGUCUUUCCGAACCUUGCCUCAGGUUGCGGCGUGUACUGGCGCCGUGUUUUCCCACCCCCGCUACCGCGUUUCGCCGACGCUUAUGUCGACUCGCAGAGCUUGCGCCUUCCCCUAGGCGUCGACCGGCCAGAGCGGGACUGUCUUCUCGAGGCUCUCGGCACCGGCGUAGCGGUUCGCACAGCAGACCCGACAGAGAGAGACGAAUUGGCUGGAUGGGAGAGGAUCACCAGGUGGGAGAAUCAAGAAGAUCAAGACGAGGCGGUGGUUGUCGACGCAGUUUCUGGGCUUCGAUGGGUCCUGCCUGCUGGUCAAGCUGCACGCCUGCUUGAUGAGGUCCGGAGCGACGGGCCGUUGUCGGACUGGAUCGAUCGCGAUGCCUAUAGAGAAUACAAGUUAGACCGACCCCCGUCAAUUCGAGACCAAUAUUCCGUCCGACAAACAGAGACUCGCGACGCAUGCAUGAGGCGCUCCUUUUCUUCCCGUUUGUUUGGCAGAAAGAAGGAAAUGAGGACGGGACCCGCAUGCAGCUCGAUCGACUGGCGGGAAGAAUUUGAACGGCCCAGGGCAGCAACUGGGGACGGCAGCAGGCUCGUCGAGUGUUCGCACCAACACCGCUUUUUCGGGGACCACUUCAAAGGGUUCCGUCCACCUGUGGUGCGGCCCCGAGAGAACAGCGGACGAGACGUACGCGAGGAAAGUAAAGCGGACUUCCAGCUCGACGGCGAGGUCUGCUUUAGAUCUUUAAAGCAAUCGGUAAAACUCGUUCUCCAACCCUACAGGCUCCUCAUGGACUGGGAAGCCGCUGCGGAUAUCGUUGACUGCAGCCGCCGUCUCCUCGCUUCCGUCUCUGAGGCCAUGAUACCGGUGGAGCCCGAGCCACCGUCCCCGCUGAGCCCGUUGGCCAGCCCGUCCCCGCUGAGCCCGUUGGCCAGCCCGUCCCCGCUGAGCCCGUUGGCCAGCCCGUCCCUGCCGUCGCCUCUGCCCUCGACGUACUCCUCGGAGUUUCGUGUGGAUCCGCACGCGGCCUCUCCUUGUCGACUUCGGUCGCCGCUCCCGCCAAGCUGUGCCACCCCUUCGCAUGACGCCUCGCCACGCUCGGCUGCUCGCUCCGCACGCGUCCACUGCACUCCUCCUUCUGAACCGCCCUCUCGGGCGGCGCCGAGCUCGCGGCUCUCAGCUGGCCUCCUUCGCGGCGACAGUGACUCCCCAAGCCGCAUGAAGCAGCGCCGUCGAGACGCGGGCCUUCCGGUUGACCAGCGAGUUGCAGGCGAGACACAGGUGGCGUGCAGCGAGCGGCGUCUCCAUAAUGACGAACUUGGGGAGCUGCAGACGACCUCCAGUCGUCCGCCACUUUUUGACGCGGCCUGGUCCCCCGAUCGCGCUCCGUCUCUGGCCGGCAACUCCCCGAUGGGAGCCCUAGCUGGGCCAGAAGGCGACGAGACGCUUGCGCCCGCUUCCGGCGGCCCCGCGUCUGUCUGGGGGGCGUUGACCGUGCAGGUUUCGCUUCUGCAUGUGGAGUGCGUUCUGCCCUGUUUGGCUGCGUCGCCCUAUCCCGCGCUGGCUCCCGGCGUUGCGCCCGGUGACUCGCGAACCCUCUGUCUUCUCCAGCCCCGAGUUGUGGGCUCGGCCGCCGCAUCUCUGUGUGCCUCUCCGCCACGCCUUCCCAGGAGACCAACGUACUCUUGGGGGCUGCCCUCGGAGAAACGGCGAGGACCAUCGGCUUCCUCGUCUUCCGUUAUCGGUGUGGGUUCUCGGGCGCGACACGCCAGAAGUGCCGCGCCACUGUCCCACCAAUCGCUCUCUGCAGACCGUCGCUUUGAGGGUCACCGGCAGCCGUCUCGCUCGAAAGAGACUGCAACUGCCGAGCAACGCAGACUCGGUUUGCAGCCGCCUGCGCCUACAGCAGCGGCGAGUGUCGGCCACGCAGAGAGUCGCGGUCUCGCUCUUCGUUGCUCGUCAGACACCGCGCUCUCUCCCCGGCCUUCCACCCAGCGCGGUCACUCGUCCUCGGCCGUACCGAAGAUGCACAGACUCCAGACCGAGGCCGGGACGGGAGAGGCAGCGUCGGCCCCUCGCUCCAGCGGCCAGCUGGGCAGAUUCCAGCGGAAUUCAGAAGGCGUGGGAACGGACGCCGGCAGCUCCGCGCGCCGAAGCUCCAGCGGGCUUCCAGGCGGACCCGAGGGCCUCGGUUCUGCACUUGGGCCCGACGCGAGACAAGAGGGACAGGACACUCGAGCCGACUGCGGAGACGGGGGACUGCGGUUGCAGCGCGGCUUUGCAGAAGCAGCUGCCAAGUACACGCCUUCAAAUCGAGCACCCUUCUACCUUUCACAGUCGAGGCUAGGGUCGAAGGAGCUUGCGGAGAGCGCUCGCGUUCUGGACGACGCUGGAGGCGCCUCCGGGCGUGUCUGGCAGAGCGUCUGGGCGCCGCAUCUCCACAGAGCUGGGCGUGGCGACGCGCCGCAUGUGUGGGACACUUACGACCUAGACACCAGCCGUACCAGAGGGCUCGGCGGAUCGACAAGUCCAACGGAUGGAGCAUCCCACCGCCCUGCGGAGCUGCUGAUGGGAUGGCCGACGCUGCUGGCGCCUUUUUUUCGAUAUCCGGGAGCGCGACGCUUCGGUGGGAGAGGACGGAGAGGGGAGGACCGCCUUCGCGCUUCCUCUGGGCAUGUCCCGGCGCAGAGACGAGGUGGACUCGCGUCGCCUUCGUUGCUCGUCGCGUUUGGAUUGCAUGCGUCCUUCCAACAGACAUCUGGAACCGCUGACAAGAUCGACAAGGACGACAAGGACAGCUGCCGCCGCCCUCUGUCGCCGCGCUGCGGAGGACUGUCCACGUCCAGACAAGCGCUUUGCCCAACAUCACGGGUCUCGGCCCCGCGCCAGAAAGCUCGGGGCGGAGCGAGUACGGGAGGCAGAGAAAAUAGGGAGCAGUUGCCGACGGGGAAAGGCCAGACGGUGUUUCCGAGAACUCAAAACCACCUGAGGGGUGCCCAGUGCCUCGACGAAAGCGACCAGGCUGAACGCAGCGAGGCAGAGGAGACAGGCAAUGGGGGAAUCGAUCGUCAAGCGUUGCGCGUCUCUUUGGUGCACACCAGUGUCAUGUUCCUGUCUCCUGCUCGGUCGACUGCCUCAGCGUAUUCUUCGAGUCCUACGUCGCCGUGCGGCCUCCCGUCGGUCCCGUCUCGCGCGGCGGUGCGAAGGUCUGUGGCGGCCCGGUCGCCGAAGCCUUUUCGCCGCUCGCAAGCGCACCACUUGGGCGACAUCGGCACACUCGCGGGCCGAAGGCGACACCGUACAGUUUAUCCGGGAGUUGGCAAGAGCCCCGCGUCACGAGGGUGGAAACGCGGAAGAGAAGCACCUAUGAUCAGUGCAUGCCUCAGGCAGAGAUCGGCAGAAGCGGGGUGGCCAGCCUGGGAGACAAGAAGAUUGCACGAGGGAUGGGGCGGCGAGAAGGUAGCGGCACGUAGGACGGGUGCGUGUCGGGUCUGUGUUGAUCCGCGAGGCGCCCAGACGAAGAAGGCAGCGGAACGGAGUCUGCGCGGACAGCCGCGGGACUCCAUCUUCUCCCUGGGUGGCGAGGAAAGCGCUGGCAGCCAUCUGGUCGGCGGUCCGCUACGGAUACCGCGAGAUGAGGCGGCAGCUGCAGGGUCGUUUCUUUGCUAUACGACUCAAGUCCACGAUUUGUCGUGGUUAAAGACGGCUUCGCGAAGAGUGCUUGUGGACGGUUUCACCAUCCGUGUGGGGGCUCGCCUCCUUCAAAAUCGGAGGCUUGAAAUCUCCAUGCCCGUUCCCCUCCAAUGGGCGUCCCCCGCGGACCAGUCACGACCCCCACAGUUGCGACACUCAGCCUACUUCCGAGAUGGUCCCGCGAAGACGCCGCUGUUGUCAGAAAACCCACUCGCCAGCAUCGCGGAGGCAAACGAACUCCGAAGAUCUUCAGCUCUCUCCCACGACAGCAGCGGGGCUUGUGUGGCCGAGGCAGAUGUGCCUGGCGUUGGCAAGGCCCUGGGGCCGAGCCGGAGUCCCUCGCAGCGGCUCGGACGGCGUGGAGCAAGAAUGGAGAGAAGGGAGGUGAAUCGCAUCGGGGGCGCUGCCACAGAACUCACCCAAGCCCCGAGACUCGACUCGGCUGGCGGCAACCAGGCUGCGACCGAGUUGCCGCGAGGCGGGCAAAGAGGCAUUCUCGACCGGUGGACGGACGUCUCGAGUGGCGAUGACAGCGAGGACGCGCCUGAGGCGCAGGAAGCGUCGCGGAAUGAGGUCUCCGGGUCGGAAGCCGACGCGGGGAGGCGGCGACACUCAUGGGUCUCGCCUUCGUCGCCACAAGGGAGACAGGCCUGGCGGGAGUGGCCGCUGCAGACGUGCGACGGUCGAGAACAACGGACGGAAAGGCGAGACGCUGACGAGCCACACGACGGACAAGAGAGGCGAAUCCGCCAGUGUGCGUCAGGCGAGAGAAACAGCGAGGACCAGGUGUCUCUCUGCGUGGAAGUCGACGUCGAUCCUGUGUCGGUAUCUGUUUCAGGCGAUGAAGUCGCCCAUCUCUCUGUUCUUGGAGUACUUCUCAUGGGCUUUGUCGAACAUGCGAGUAAGCCUUUCGAUUGCAUGGAAGACGGCCAAGAGGCCGGCAAGCCCUGCAGAUCCGACUCGCUGACAGAUGACUCCAGCGCCGAUUCUGCCUCCCUGUCCACGUGCUCGCACUGCUCUGGGAAUACCCCGAUGUCCACUUCUUCUCUCUCGCUGUCUUCCGCGUCAGCCAUGAUUUGCCAGCGUCGGGGCUCGCAAAGGCGCGACACGGGCGCGGAGACAGAUAGCGCGUCGGAGGUCGGCGUCGGCGCAAUGUUUCAGUCUCCCAGACAUGUGCCACUCCCGCCCCGCCCCGCGUCAGCGCCGUCUUCGCCCGUGCAUGGCGGAGGCCGCCCGAACAGCGUCGCCUCUUCUCCCUUCUCUCAUUUUCUUUCGGCGUCUGCUCGUGGCCAGACCACGCGGCGAGCGGCGCACGCUCUCCUGCACAGCGCUCUGUCUCUGCCCACCUCCCUGAGGCGAUCGAGGUCGGCUCACGAGAUAGAGAGGGGGCUCGCCGCGAUGCAGGCAAGGGCGGGGGGAAGACGCGUCAGCGAGCCUGGCGGAUCCGCUGCGACUCUUAGGCUGCCGAAGCCCAACGGGCGGGAGAGAAGCGCCACUGGGGUCGAGGCAACGAAGAGGCCGGAUCGCCUGGCGCUGUCGCCUCCAAGUGAGACGGAACAUAGGACUGAAGCGGAGGACUCCUCCGGCAGUCCCCGCGCAUCUCCAAGGCGGUCUGGGAAACCCUCCGCGGGAGAGGAACUCCGAGCGAAACGGCUCUUUCGCAUUCGGUGUGCUCUCCCAUCGUCCGCCUUCCAUCCUCCGAAGCUCACGCAGCAGCGCAGACGCGCGCAGACGCCGCCUCCGCUUCCGGUGCCGACCCGCAGGGGUUUCCUUGAGAGGCCCGGUGGUGCGAAGGCGCGCGUGCUCAGGCAGAGAUCGGAGCGGGAGGAGAGCGACGGUGGAGCGAUGCCUGUUGCGCGAGGAGGGAGACACUCAGGGCUGGAAGACGAAUAUCGAAGACAGAGGGGUUCGCCCGAAAGGGAGGCGAAAGAGAGAGACGAAGCGGGAGCGGUUGGAAGCCUCACAGGCAGUGUGCUUCGCGACGGCAUUCCUUGUCAAAAUGAGGCAAGUAGCGACGACAGGAAUAGCAGAAGCGCACCAGGAGGGACGUCGUGCUUCUGUGACGAGACACUCCAGGAAGACCGAGUGCAUGUUGGUAAUGGCGUGAACGCAGGCAUGAGGAAGACGAUGAGGGCCCCUGCCUCGGAUUGCAGCCUGCAGGAGUUUAAAGGGCCAGAGUUGCGAGAGGGUAAGCGAAAACGGCUGAGACAGGGGCAAGGAGACGGGCGCUGGAGUUGGAGGCGUGCGGAGUCGCGCGGUGGGCGCGAUUGCGAAUCAGCUGUGUUCAAUGCCUGGCCGGCCGUUUCACAGCGGAAUGAGGACGCGUUGUAUUUGUAUCCUGUGGACCGCCAUGAUGCAUGGGGAAGACAUCGUGACAAUGACGGGCGACCAGAGGAAGACGCGUGGCCUCGAGAGCGCGAGGAAGGCUCACAGAGACCGGCGUGUGAAAAGCAGAAGGAAGACGCCGAAGGAAGCCAGGAGUCUCUCUCUGUCUUCGACAUCCUUUGGGGGGUGUUUGGUGGAGUGGCGGAAACCGUCGAAAUGCAUUUGAGGGCCGAGUGCAUUCGCGUUCGCGUGAUUUCGAUCCGCGUGACUAUCGAAGACGUUAGCGCAACCCUGGCGAAAAGAGUUAACGGCGGCGUGUGGGUAUGCGGAAAAGAGUUUGCAGCCUCGUCCGCAGCCUCGUCCGCAGCCUCGCCGCCUUCUUCCGUUCCUCCGCGAAACCUCGCCAUGCUGAGCGACACGAGCCUGGGUGCGCCGCGAGCCCCCAGCCCGUCCCUAACUCUGUCAGGGGACGGAUGCUCGAAAUCGGAUGCGUCUUUUUUGUCAGCAGCUUCGUGUUCCAACCCGGCUCUCGGAACCCAGGGCGGGGGGCUGCGGAGACGGAGCCGUGAAUCCGGCCGCGAGCGCCGGACCUCAGACUCGAAGACGGGAGGCGACGGGUCACCCGACGAUGGGUCUGAGGAGAGCGUGCGGGUCUCGCCUCGCGCAGCUCAAAUCGUGGUGCAUUCCGAGAGUCCCUUACCUCGUCGGCAGAGCGGCGUGGAGUCUUCGGGGUCGAGUGUUACGUCGAGGAGCGACGCCGAAAACUCGAGACGAAGCUCGGAUGACGCGUUAUCGGACGGAAGGUCGGGGCGCCCAACGCGGAGCAAAAUUCGCUGGCUCUUCGGGUCUCGCCGGGAGGCCCCGGACGCCCCUCUGAGCCGGUCGCUCAUGCACGCGGGCAUGCACCGCAGGCGCGCGCCAGUCCACGCCUCUGGCGGAAGUGUUCGAGGCCAUUCCUCAGGGGGGGGUUGCACGAAUGGCCCAGGUGGGGUCGGGUCGGCCGCGGCAAAGCCCCGGGCCCCCUCAGAGGCAGGCCUACCAGAGAACGCGCGCGAACCGAAGAAGAGCCGAAAGUUGCUGAGAGGCAUCACGAACGCCGCUUCUCGCCGCGGCUCGACAACCCGCACAGGCCGUUCGAGGCUGCGGUCCUUCUUCUCUCUCGGAGAGACAUCUCGGCGUGCGAAGAGAAGGCGCAGAGACGAGAAGGCCGGCGAAAACGAGGGGCCAGGGGUCGCACAGCGAGGCUCAGUUAAAGCGCUGGAGGCAUCGAGAGGAGAAGACAGCGAUCGCCCAGUCGCCUUCAAGGAUCUGUUUGCACCGGCUCAACGAGAGAACCGGGGAACCAGACGGCGAGAUGCCAGAGAAGAGCUGGUGCGCGCGUCAAAGGUCUCUGACGAAUCGGUCCCUUCGUUGACUGUUUCUGCGCAUUCAAGCGCAAGGCGGGCACCGCCGGUGGGUGCAUCGACGCAGGAAAACGACGCAAGAGGCAACGCGACACGCAGACGGGAAGCAGCACAGCCCAAGGGCCCCGACGGAGACGCACGGGCCAUCACAUUUGGCAAGUCCCGCCAAUCGGCGCCUGCAGAGGGGGAUCAGAACGCCGUGCAGGUUGUCGAGGCCCUAGGGAGGAUGAGGCCCUACAUCACAGGGCGGCUUUGCCUGCUUGUCUCGGUCGACGUUAUCCAUCGAUCCAUGACGACAGAAGAAAGCGUGGUAGAGCCCUGGAAGUGGGACGUCGCCCUCCUCCAUCGUCCAUCUCUCGCGCGACUGCCGCCAACUCCGCCCGCUGUGCCUCUCUGCCCGGGCGUCCCGUCGUCCUCGGUCGGCCCUGGCUUUGCGCCUUCCUUGCUUCCGACUUCGGCGCCUUCUUCGGCGUUUCUGCCUCCACUUGCUCUUUCGCUUGCACAGCCACCGGGGCCUCGUGAGUGGGGCGUGCCUCUCGGGUUGGCCAAGAUGGACAGACCCGCGCACGUUCCUCUCCAGCCAGCCCAGCGCCCCAUGCUCGAACCCAACGAAAUGGAAAAGUGUGAGGGGGGGGUGGCGACUCCUGGCUCCGGCGAAUCUCUGCGGCCCUGGCUCGGGUCUUCUCUCAGUAGGCAGAUAGGAGAGCCUCGUGGCUGGGAGAGACAAGGGCGAGGAGAGACUGAAGAGCUCCAAACGUGGAGAUCCAUGCUGCAGCGACAGGACGAGGUCGAGGUGCGCGGAAGGCGAAAGCAGCCCCGGGACGAUACGUGGCCAGCUGAGGGUCUCCCGGUUUUUGCGACGGCUGCCGACCACGGCGUUACCAGCCAGCACGCGUUUGGUUCCAGCGACGGGUUCGCGUUUGCUCCUUCUGGGGACCAAGCGAAACCUCGCCGUGACGUCGCAUGCCAAGACGACGCGGAGAAGGCCUCGGCACCAAAAGCGAGGGAAGAUGUGCGUGGAAAUGGUAAACCUGCAAAAGGACGAGGAAGUCUGAGGGCAAACGGAGCCGCACGCGGCCCUGUGGUGAGCUUCCAGGAGACUGUCCCCCGCAGUCGAGGACACCAUUCGGCGGAUGACGGAAAGAAGCAAAGGCACAUGCGCCAGGACGCGCGGACGCAUCGGACUCUCAAGCGCGCCUCCUCUGAGCUGGACAAGUCUGCGCAGGGAGCGAGCGCAGCUUCCCCCUCGGUAGGGUCGGCCCGUCAGCGCUCAUCAAGGCCGACGGGGCCACGGCGAGGGAGGCGCGACGCAGGGUGCAACGAGCCCGCUGAGGGGGUCACAGAAGACGAGCCGGAAGUUCUCUUCCUGGCUCGCCUCACGUGGCUGAAUGUGACAGUGGCGCCGCUGGUUAUGGAUGCUGUCGUCGAGACCGCUGACGCACUACACGAAGGAAACAAACGUGUGGAAUCUGCACUUUUCCGGCGGUAUGGAAUUGGAGCUUUGUCGCCGACCGUCGCCUCUCACGACGCCGAGGCGUGGGGACCGGCUCAGCUGGCGGGCAAAUAUUUCGCCAUUGCGUUUCCCGACAUGCUGCCUCCCGUCGCGUCUCUGCAACACCUGGUGGCCCCGCACAGGUUAUCUUUGUACGCGGAUGCUGCCGGGCCGACCGGUCAAUCGCCGCCUUUCGCGGGGCCGUCCUUCCUCGUGAAGAAUGUUUUUCUUCAAGCCUUCCAAACGAAGCUCCCCACGCUUCAACUGCCUUCGCGUCCCCUCGUGCCGGCGCUUCCUGAGCUUGCGCCGCACGGACAAACCCAGCGGUUUGUCUCUCCCGGAGAGCUGGCCGACGCAGACGCGAGCGGGAGUCAGACGCGCUGGUCAGGCGCGGCCACCCAGGGAGGGACGGACCCGAGUCGGUUCGCGCAACAGCCUCUGGCGAAGCGCGGGAUCGAAGAGCAGGAAGCGAGUGCAGGGGGGUCUGGGAGCAUGGCCAGCGAAGGGGCUGACAGCGCUAGACGGCUCGACAGAACACGUCCGGAGAGCGGCGAAGAAGUUUCGUGGAGACACCCACGCGACCCUGUCCGUGGCGACCCGACGAUGCUUCAACGCAAGACGGCCAGUGCCUUGGAGCCUGCCGUCGAUACCCGAUACUUCGUUCCUCAGGGAGCCGUCACGUGCCCCGCCAACGGCGAAGACGCCGCGCCGGUCGUGGGCGCUCUGGCGGAAGUUGGAGAGACUGACCGGAGCAACGAGGCCGUUCCGCGACUCUGGAACCUGACCGGUCAGCCUCUGCUUGUCCGCGUUUUGGCGUGGAGGUCCGUGGAUGGCGGGCCGGCCCCGCCAUCGAAUCUCGCGUUGCCGGUUUCUCGGGCAACUCACGGCUUCAGCUUGAAACAGGAAGCAGAGGCGCAUGCAGGCCUAGCGCGCGUCUCCGCGGCGCCUCCCCAUGAUCUAGAGUACCCAUAUGUGGCGUCCCGGGCUCUCCACGCUCCUGGAUCUCGCUGCUUGGAAGCCGUUCUGGAAGAUGAGGAAGACGUAGACGCAGAGGGUGCGUUCCCCGCGUCUGGUCUGCUGCUCUCUGGAUCGGCGAUGAUAAGCGACGGAUCGCAGCGGUGGCCGUUCAGAAGAAAAUGCUCGCAGGUUCGCACUGCGAGAUCGGCCGUCCGGCCUUGCCUUGACCUGGUCCAGAGCGAGGCGUGUCUCAAUCAGACCACAGACGAUGAAGGCGACAUCCACCAACAAGUUGGUCUGCAGCUGCGAGCACACAGAUUGGCCAGAGACACGACGGUGGGGCCACCAGAGCGAGACGACGUGGGAGCGUCGCUGUUCCCCUCGCCUCUCGUUCCAGUCCCCCAUCGGAGCCGGGCGUCCAGGGACCGUGGCCGACGGGCAAAGCAAGGGAUGUGGGCUCUAGAGUGGAAACAAGUGGGUUCUGGCGAGAGCCUCGCUCUACCACACGAUGAAGACGGCCAUGCGCUCCCGAUUUCCGUCCGCAUGCACGUGCUUGGCUUGACGUUCGAGUUGGACGAUUUCGUUCUCAACUCCUCACAUGUCGACGUGCGCAACCUCCCGAUCUCGCUUCCUGGGGUCGGCCGCGCACCUCUGUCUCGGCCCCCCUGCGAUGCCAGCGUGCCCCAGGGCGAGGCGACAGUCGACAGCGGUGGCGCGAAGGCGGGCAACGGUGGGCGCCUCGGAGCUGGAGGAACCGAGCGCGAGCUGUGUGCCUGGAACCGGUUUGGAGGAGCACGGGGACGAUGCCGAAGAGCGAAGAAAGGCGUGGACGAGGAAGACCAAGAUCCAGAGGAGGCCUGGGGAGAAGCCCAGGGCUCGCUUGCCGCCGGGAGGAAAACAGGCACGUUGACGGGACAGGCAAGCGACGUUCGCACACAACAGAGCGAAGACUCGUCGCUGCGAUCUUCCAGGCUCGGGCCCCGCGACUCCCGAAGGCGCGCAGCGAAGGUUGUCACUUCUCGGCUCCGGCUUCUCGCACGAACUGUCUUCCUACCACACCUCCAGACCUUCCACCUGCAUCUCUCCUCAAUGGUGUGCGUCCGAAACCAUUCGACUGUCCCCUUGCUCAUUCUGCCACACCCGAACGUGGCGUGCGUGGCUGCGGAGGCCGCGAACUCGACGUCUAAUGCAGCGAGAACCGGGGGGGCUUCUCCGAAGACGAGUGCGGAGCUUCGCAGGGUGUCUCCAUUUUCGGAAAGCAAGGCGACUCCUGAGACCGCUCCUCCAUACGACUCGGAGCACCUUGCGCGGGCUGUCGGUCCUCGGUCGUUUCCGUUGAAUGAGCCAACCGUGGAUCUCAUUCUAGAGGAUCACCGGGCGUCUCCGGGAGUGCCCAGCUGGCCAGCCGGUUCCGUCGCCUGUCAUCCGCUUGUAGGGCUUUCAAAUUCGAGCGCCUCUCCGCGGGCUCCGCCUCACUCCUCGCGCAGUCGCGCAGCCAAUCGCAUCCAGGCGUCUGGGUCCCGACUGCGGCUCGGGCACUCUUCCAGGGGCCCGCCAGACAAUGGGGAUGCGGCGCAAGGAGGUUGCGAUCAAGAAACGGCUUCGGUGACGGGAGACAUCGGCGGCAACGCAGGGAGCUCAGAAAUUGGCUGCACGUUUGCGGAGCGGGGCCAGAUUCAAACAGGCGCUACCGGUCCAUUCCAAGCCAAGCACAGCGUCGGCGGAGCGUCGGCGGACCAAAUGGAGGCGGCACGACUUGCGCGGCAUGCGUUUCAGUCCCCUGCUGUCCUUGGCCGUUCUCACGCCAGCGGCGACACAGAACACGGCGGCCCCGUGGGUGAAACAGACGAUUGCACGACGUCAACGUUUAUCCCAAAACACUCGCCCCUACUCACGAGACAAGGAAGGGGGGAGAGUGUGCCGGACGCUUGCCUGGUAGUGGGAGACGAAAGGGUGGAACAGCUAGGAGCGACAGAAGAGGUUGAUGCGCCCCUCCAAGCGUAUGGGGAGCCGGUCGUAACAAGGGAAUCUCUUCCGUUGCCACAUCCAGGUUCAGGGCCAUCGUCGGCCGUCUCGUUAGCAGCCACCAGCCGUUUUGGAGAUUGCCUGUCUUCUGUAAGAGGCAAAUGCGGCAACUCAAGUAGUUCGCAUGCUUCCUUGGCAUUCGCGCCAACUCCGGCGAGCCGAGACGAAGAGGCCCCCGUCCCCCGAGCCACAAGCCCGUUGGUUCUUGAGGCGAACGGCGGCCUUCUCAAUCUGCCCUUGUCUUGGCUGCUGCCUCGAGCAUUCGUCGCCAGUGAACUGCGUCGCGCCCAAAAUCAGCGGGGGAUCGGGCGUCCGGCGCGGGUGUCGCCGAUGCAGAGAACGGAGACGGCAGGCCUGCCGGAUUUUGAGCACAGCGCCAGUGUCAGAAGGCAAAGUGAGCGCUUCGUCGGAUGCGAAGCAGACGGCGAAGACGGAGAGGACACAUGUGGCGUGCAAAAAGAUCGGGGGGACUCGACUUUUCGCCCCCACGCUAAGACGCAACAGACGCGAACAACGCCGAACGACCGUCCUUACUUUGGCGUUGGCGCGACCGCCCUCUCGCAAGCCACGAAAGGAGACAGACACGAAGGCGGGAGGGAGGGCUACCACGGGACGGAACCGCCUCGAUAUUGCGAGGACGAUGCAGGACAGCAGGGUAAAGCAGCCUCCAGCGGCACCGGCGGAUCAAGCCCUGGGUCAGGUACAGGCUCGGAGGAGUCGCUGUUGAGUUGGGAGGACAGUUUGGAGGUCGAGCCGCUUCUGUUGCUUCCGGUUCAGUUCCUGGAAGAUGCGAUCCAGCGCCAAAAUCUCCAGGCCGAAGCGGUCUUUGAGUACCUGCAGGGGCCGGACGUUGACGGCGAAGACUUCCGUGCUGUCGGGGACGAACGAGAAGUCAUGAGCGAUGGGCGACGCGGCAGCGAGCCGUGGGGUUGGUGGAAAGGGCCGCUGGGCAUUCUGGGAGGUCUCCCACGCUUCUGGGCACCCCACGGAGGUCAGGAAAGAGGCACGCCGGGCUGGAGCGGCAUGCGAGUUUUCGGAUCCGUGGAGCUAUCCCGGCGUCGCCGCGAGGCCGCUGGAGAGAGUCUCUGGCCCCGAGGGUGGGCCUGGCGCAGUUCAGCCUGGCCUCACGAUUGGCACACAAGACUCAAAGCUUGCGGAUCCCAGGACGCCCCCCACGAGGCGGGGGCCGACCGAGACGCACUUGGUGUUAGGUUUCGCCAGCGGCCUGGAGACGGAGGAGACGGACGUGGGCUGUUCCCGUUCCCGAGGAGAAGCGGCAGGGAGCACGGGCCGGGGAUCUUUCUGCGACGAAUGGUUUUCUCCGCUUACAGUCACGACGAGGCGACGCUGUCGAGGCAGCGUGGCACCAAGGACCUUGCCAAACACGACAGCAUGCGUUCAGCCUCCGGAGGCCCCCUGGAGAGUGAGCGUGCGUGUUCGGUCGGUUCCGACAACUCCAGCGCGUUCCAGGGCCCUUUAUCAUCGGACGACGCAGCCAGCGAUCCGGAACUUUAUGGGUCGUUCAGCUGUAGCGACUCGUCCCGCGAAGUGAGCCCUCAAAGUGCUUGCGGCGCUAUCGGCAUCGGUGGCCCGACUCGGCUGCAGUCGAGAAGCCCGUGGUCUUCCAGACCUCUGUCGAGUUCUUGUGUUGAUCUCGGUGGCUGUCGCGAAGUCAUAUCCCGGGGGGCGUCCGCGAGCAGCGCCCUCGACGGCGGGAAGAGCCUCCGCCGUUCCUGCUCCUCAGGCGUGGCAUUCCUGGGACGGCGACGCGACCGUUGUGGCCGCGGAAGUCUGGGGACCCCUGUGGGGGCCUUGCCCGAGCACGGCGCGAGUAUCGACGAGACAGAGAGCCGCCAGGAAAGACAAGCAUUCCGUGGCUUCGAGUUGAGCGCGGGGACUCGAAGGAAACUCGAAGCGGCACGAACGAAAGAGUCUGGGAUUCGCACUGGAGCCUUGGAGACUCUCAGCAAGGCGAGACGCUGUGGCGCGUUGACAGCAAGCACGAAUGUAGAGGUGUACCGGUAUUUGUUUGAUCUCGCCUCAGCCCUCGGUGCGCAGCAGCUGCUGCCCGCCGAGUGUUUCCAGAGGAUCCUCCAGUGUCCGAGUUUCAGUGUGGCAGCCUACAAUCCGCCUCCACACACAGUUGAAUUUCCAGAACGUUGGGUGCCUCUCUCGCUUCCUUCCCUGGAACCUCUGCUCGCCGCUGCGUCCUCCGCUGCGAGAGCCAGUGUCUCUCCGCUCUAUCACUCUAGGAACGGCGGCGCGGUCGCGUCGGCGGGCGGCGCCUGGUGGAUGUUGAGACGCGGCGUCGAGCACCUGUCGAUCAAUAGCUACGCGAAUGCCUACGGCGCCUCCUUCCAGCCGAAUGCGAAGCAUUUCAGUUGGGCGCGAUCUGUCCCCGAGGACCCUACUGGGACGGAAGAAGGCGAUCAGGCGCUCGAGAACUCGCUGGUCCUCCCCCCGCCACGUCUCAGCCGCCGUACCUUCUCCCGACGACUGUCGCGAUCGAGGUCGGUAUCGACACAUGGCGUGGGGUCCUGGUCGGCCUCGAGAUCCUCCUCGCUGAGAAAGAGCCUGUCGAUCCAGGGAGAUCCUGUGGCGUGUCGGAGUGUGGAGCCCCUCUGCCACGAGGAGGAACAGAUGGAGCAGGGCGCGCACGGCCAACUGGGGGAAGAGGCGCCGGCGACCGCCGAAACAGAAUUGAACCUUGCCAGGUCGCCACGGCCGCUUUUGUCGCGCGUCGCUUCAAAGAGGUCUUCUCUCUCGUUGUCGCUAUACAGGCAGAAUACGGUCUCGCCUAUUCCAGACGCAGCUGACAGCGAUCACCCGGUCGGAAGUGAAGAAGAUCGAGGUGCGCUCGUCUGGCCGGCGAGCGGCGACAGGGACACUCGGCAAAGCGUGAGGUUUGGCCUGUCAGUCCCCUCCACGGCGAGGACUGUCUCCUCGGCGGUGACAAGCACGGCCCGGGGAGCCUGUCAAGAGAUGCGGACUUGGCGGAGACUGCCCUCAGGCGCCGGUGACGCCGGCGGAAUCGGGGAGAGGGACACGGGGGAUAGAGAGGGGCCUCCAGCGACAACAGCUCUCCCAACGCUCUUGUGUAGUGACAGGGCGGGUCUCCCGCCGGCCCAGGAUCUUCGACUUGACGGGACUGGUCAAACAGUUCCCGGCGGCGCAGGGUCGGCUGGGUCUCGGCGACGCUCUGUAGCUCUGGCCGUGACUGUUUAUGGAAAAACCCGCGACCUCUUCUCCGAGACAGACCCCCUGUUCUUUGAGAUUGGCAUCGAGCCGCCGCUUCGGGUCGGUAAUCGUCUUUUGGACUCGAUCAAGGUUUCUCUCAUCGAGCCGGAAGGCGCCGCGUCCGCAGCCAGUCUUUCGCACCUCCAGCACAACCGCCUUUAUCAGACGCUGGCCUCCCUAUCUCUGUUCAGCGCCCAACAGCACCAGGCUUCGGUGGACCCCCUUCGGAACUUCAGUAGGCAGACCUCGGUGAUGGACACCUAUUCGCCGGAGCGGCUGUUCCAGUCCCGGUCUGCGGGGCAUGCACAAGGACUGCCCGGGACUGCUGGCGACGCUGUCAGCGCCCCGCGGCUUCUCCAUUCUCUCUCCUCCUUGGUCCUUUCGACGCAGUCGCAGCCGCAAAACCAACGCCGUCUUCCUGGGAGCUCGAGCGGCGCAGGGUGCGCGACUCCUCAGGUUGUGGAGCCGUCGCCAGGGCCGGCACCUCCUAGCGUCGUUCCGGAGUCGAAGACGGAUCCUGGGCCAGCGCUCAUCUCGACGGUGAUUCAACCUGGGGAAGACAUUGCAGUUGAGGAGGCGUGCACGGCGCUCACUGUCGAGUUUUCCGUUGAGAGUGCUCAGCAUCCGUUUCGCCAUAUCUACGAGUCAAAGGCCUUUCCCUUGGACUCGCGCCUCAGCCCCGGGUCGGCCAUGCUCGACGAGAAAAUUGUCCUGCAGCGGACCCGAAUCGUGGACAGCUACAGUCGCGUGGUGCUCCCGACUCAUCCUCUCUACCCCCUCUUGGCAGACCUGGCGCCGCCGGAGAUCACGAUUUCAGCUGAGACGGCCAGCGGGUCUGUCGCUCUGCUCGCUGCGACUUCGGUCGAGACUUCGGCAGCGGUCGGUGGGCUCCCCCCGGUUCCGGACCCGAUGUCGCGCCGCAUGAUGCGGGGCCCUCUACCCGCUGCAGGUCGCGGGGAGGCGCAGACUCCGCGAGACAGGUUGCGCCUGCCCCCGGGUUCUGGAAGCAAGGAUGGACGGCUUGUCUCUUGCCACGGCACCUACGGGGCGUCGCCGCCCCCUCCGGAAGGGUAUUCGGCGUCGUCCUCCGCCUCCGAGUCGGGGCCGGAGAACAGCGGAAUGCCAUCCGACGCCGCAGGAGUAUGUCGAUCUGGCCCCUUGCGUCGAGUGCUCUCUGCAUCUUUCGCACCUCGUGGACGCGGCCUAGCCCCUACGCGGAGCUUGGUCGCGCCAUCUCAGUCUUGCUCGCGUCGCCCGCCCGCCGAGGAAGGCGCGGAAAUCGACGUGGAGAACCCUGCACGUCUCGCGAAGAGGGCGUCCACGCGCGCACCGGUUCUGCCUCGCGGCGAAUGGGCCGAACAGGCUCCGCUAGCCUCUGGGCAGCCAGUGAGUGCGGCGGUGCACGUGGCGUGGGGCAGCGUCUCUGAGGCUUUAAGGACUUACGUUUGGCAAACCUCGGUGCGGACCGUUAAACUCUUUGCACCCUUCUGGGUCGUGAACAGGCACCCGGAACCGAUCCUUGUCGUGCAGCCACACAACGGGCUGCCUCAGCGAAUCGACAGCACGGACUGGAGAGUGCUCUGCUGCGAUGGCGCGCGAGACAAGAUGUCCGUUCGUCUCGGCUUGGCGGAACCCCUCAGUCUGCAGCGCCCGACGCGUGGGGCUCCACGUCGUGGUGGCCCCAAGGCCGCGGGUGCCUGCGCCGAGGCCCAAGUAGAGAGCAUUGGCUCGCGCGUCGGAGCCUCGGACUGGCAGCUAGGAGGAAGCGGCACAGAGAGUCAGGGGCUCCACGCGAGCAUCAAACGCGUCGGCGAGAAGGUGGUUCAGUUUCUGCUCCAGACGAACAAGGACCCGGCACGCGCGGGUUCGGGGCAGGAGCGCAGCGGCACGGUGAAGAAGGGCGAGGGCCAGAGAAACGCCGGAGGGGGCGAAGCAGACCCUCAUCCCUGCAGCCCCGUUUGUGAAGAUCCGUCUGGCGAGGGGCGUGCGAUCGGCCAGGAAGGCGAAAAGAGGGAGAGAGUGAACGAGGCGGCCGAGUCGGAACGCGUAGCCCUCCAAAUGCCCUCGGCCCUCGCGGUGGGGACACUGUCUCCUCCCUUUCGCGUGGACAUUGUUGGCCGCGUCUCUCAAGCAGUGAUUCCCAAGACCGAAGAUCGCCGCAGUAUCUUCUGGGGUUUGCUGCACCGCAACGCGGCCGCCUCUGGCCCGACAGCGGUGAGCUCCCGAAACCAGCCGCACUGGCUAGGCGUCACUGUCGCUCGUGCGCCGCCACCCUUUGCCCGGACUAAAAUCAUCAACGUGUUUAGCAGAUUCACCCUUGUCAACAAUUUGCCGUUCGAUCUGUGGAUCGCUGAAGGCGGCGCCCCCGUCCCGUCGGGGGUUAGUCGAGAUCCUGGAGAAGCCCAGAACGCGUCUCAGGAGGACGAGACGAGGCCGCGGGCGAACGGUCAGGCAGCUGUGGCGGGCGACGAUGGACAGCCCAUGCAGUCCGGAAUUAUUCACCUGGCGUCUGGGCGCCAGAUGGCGUUUCACCCGCAGCACGGCGGGCGCGGGGGUGCCCCGUCCAUUAUCUUCUCUCUCAUUGUGCCCCUCCUGACGGGUGCGAACCGCCACGAGUUCCAGAAAGGCCCGAGCCUCCGGGGUGACCACAAGAUCAAAGGGAUCGCGCCCGACGGCCUGGAAGAGCGGCUCGACGGGCGAGGCGACCACGGAGAAGACCGGCUGACAUCGCGCACUUCAGAUGCAGGCACCUCCUCGGGCGCGGUCACGCAGCCCCUAGACCGUGGCAAAGCGAGGGCUGUGGACGAACCAGUGGCGCUCGGCGCCCCUAGAGACGGCUACGGCGAAGGCGAACCUCCACACAGCACGCCGCCGUUCGCGUCCAAGCGCGUAUCCCCACGUGAACCAACCCCGGAUGCGACCCGCCGAAAUGACUGGGUCCACCACGGUCCUUCCCUCGCCGCCCAGGGCGGGCGGGGGUCGACAACGCCAGGCGCGAUUCGACAACCUACCGUUUUGCCUCAAUUGAGCGCCAACUUUGCCGAUGCGUCGGGCACACCAUGCGCGCGAUCGAAAUCUUCAACGCCGUCGUGCGCGAGCAAGCAGUCAGUCGCCCCGAAUGCCCCCGGCCGACACAGCGACGCAGACCGAGAUCUGUCUCUCGCCACGGUCGCCGGUGCGUCGCCUUCGUGUUCGCGUUCGACGUACCACAAGCUCGCAGGCCCGACACUUCGGAGGCCAGGCAAGUCCCAGGACGCCUCCACGUCUACUCCUACUUGGUCGUCUGAGAUUCAAAUCAACCGAGUGUGUCGCUUUCAAAUUCGUUUGCGGACCGCGCCCCGGUGCGACUUGGCUCAGCGGGCGACAUCGAAAUCUGUGCAGCCGUUGGACAGGACUGUUGUUGGCGAGCGCUCAACCUCACGAGGGUUCAAGGAGGACGAGACAGGUGCUGUCCCCGCCUCGCGUGUGGGAGCAUCCACGCCGAUGUCCGGACACGAGGGCAAUGCCACCCACCGUGUGGCCUUACCUUUGGAAAACGUUAACUUCCAGACUUCGAGCAUUCUCGAGUCGAGCCCGACGAUGUCCAGAGGCGUGUCGCUUCGCUCGAAGACUUCCUGCUUGCGCGCGCCCAGAUCGGGCCCGCUUCUCGAGACAGCCGCGGAGGGCCCCUUUGGAAGUGUGGGGCCUGCAGUGGGGACUGAGUCGCAUUUCCAACGGCCACGGGGCGACCGGUCGCGCGCACGAGACUCGUGGCCUGCGAUCGCACGCUCCAGGCGUAGAUACGUCAUCGUUGAAGUUGAGAUUCGCGCACUCGAAGACGCGGCGUUGUUUAUCUGCUUCUCGAAACCGAAGCGGGCGGAGUUUCUCCUUGUCAACCUCAGCCGGAGUGUCGUCCAGUUCUCCCAGGCCGGCUCCGGGCUCAAGACUCGAGCCCAGAAGGACUUUUUGCUACCAGGAGAAAAGUGCGACUUUGCGUGGCAGGAGCCGCAGCGGAGUCGGCGCAUCAUGCGAUUCAGCGUCUUCGAGAAGGGCCAGGUGUACAGUCGGACGUGUGAAAUCGAGCGCGUGAAGCAGCACCGAUCGCUUCAGCUGCCGAGACGCUUUCCGAGCUUCGCGCCCGGAGAGUGUCCCUACAGCUUGUCCCCGUAUGGACGAGCUGCCGGCCCCACAUCUGCAUCCCGCUGCGACCGACUCUUCUUCGUGACGGACGUGCACCAGGGUCGCCGAGUCGUGAUCAUUUCCGAGGUCUGCCCUCGAGCGUCUCCACUCUUGGGGGGGCCUCCGUGGGGCGCCUUCCCAGGCGCUUUCCCCGUCCCUUCGCCGUAUGCGCCCAAUCCCUUCGACCGCGGGUACACAGCCUCCCCGACGGGUGUGCCCGCGAUCCGCCACGCUUGGCGCGUGCCGCGAAUGAAGUCCUCUGUGACAGAGCCUGGCUCAGCGCCUGGCGGCCAAUGGAAGACCAUGGAGGCGUCGGGUGCCGCUCAGUGGACGAUGGGGAACCGUAUGGCGAACGCCGCAACGGCGAUUGGCCUCGGCAACCCCUGGAAGGGUUUCCGCAGGGAGGUCAGCUUGCUGAAGCCGCGCUCGCUCAUUUCCCGCCACGCCUCCAGUGCAGGUGCCAACCAGCCGCCGAGCGCCGCGCUCGGCAGCGGGCAUGACUGCCCAGUGCCCAAGCCUCAGACGGGGGCGAGGUGGGGAGCGGGACGGGGGCCAAGCGUCUUCGGGGCCUUCCCGUGGGCCCGCGCAGGCGCGCCGUGGGGACCUGGCCUACGAAGAACGCCGGCUGGCCCUGGCGGGCCCGUGGGCGCCUUGUCCCAGAAAAAGGUCCUUGGCUUAGUCUUCCCCGCGGCACGCACAGGGCGAGACAGAGGCGAGAGCGAGGUUGAAGAGAUAGGCAGCAAGUGCACGACCGUGGGGAGCGAGCCACACGUCCUUUGGAAGCGAAGCCUCUCCGAUGAGGCGCUCCACGCUCGCAGACGAAACGCAGAGCGAGGCGGCGGGCUGGGCUUCGAGGGGCUCAAGACCCGACUGGAGAUGCUGAACACGAACACGUUUCGAAGAGUUGGACCCCUCAAAAGAGACGGGAACGGCGGCGACCGCAGCGGGAUACUUCUGCCCUCCCUCAGUCGGCGGCCCCGGGCGAGUAUCCGCGCCACUGGCUCUCGAAUCCGGUGGAACUCUCACGAGGCCAGGCCAUCGCAAUGGGGCGCUUUUGGCAGUCUGGUCGGCGACGCGUCUGUCGACCCCAGCGGCUGGUUCUCAGAAUGGCCUGACAGGAGCGAUCGGUCGCUGACCGAGUCCCACGGCCCGUUUCUACCGAGAAGGGACCACGCGAACUCGCAAGCCUCGCGUUAUCGCGCGUGGUGUCCAUCGCGCUGUCGGCACGGGUUAGCGGAUGCCUGGAGUUUUUCGCUGUGUUCCGGGUCUGCCAGUCUCGUUCACAGCGAAGGCGAGAGCGGGCGGAGGCCCACGGACUUUCCCUUCAGCCACUCCACAAGCGUAGCGAGCGACGGAUGCUUCAGCCGACGAGGGCGCGACCGCGACCGAGCAGAAGAUGAGUCUUCAGAGUCGUCGGCGGGGUCGGUAGAGCCUCGCACGAGUUCUGGACUGUUUAGCGCCCGACACGCGUACGCCGCGCCGCACCUUUACUGUGUGCCUGCUGUCUUCUUGGAGGCCGACGAAAGGCAUCCCCAAACCAGAGGCCCCUGCUUCAUGGAGCCCACAGAUCGACGAGACAGUUCCUGCAGCAGUCGCAGCGACAGUCUCGACCGCUUUCUGAGCCAUAUCCUUCCACCGAUGAGGCCCUGGGGAUCUGCCUGUCGGCGGACCGGCUUCGGACCAGAUUUGGAGACCUUUCUCGCUCGGUCGGGAACCCCUGUGGAGCACGCGAUUCACGAACGACAGACGGCAGUGCCGACCAGUGACGAUGCCGCGAACGCAGGAUGCAGGUGGACAGCGGCGACGGAUCAAGAAGGCGAGCACGGGAGCCGGCCUCGACGACGAGAGAGUACAGAGUCUGAAGACAACGGCCAAGAUGAAGACACGGCAGACAGAGGUCCGCCUGCACGCGACCCAUCCCCCACCCGCUUGUUGUCGAACUCGCCGGACCUCAGCGCCACAGACGUUGAGAGUUCCGAGAAGGAUGACGAGGACGAGAGCGAUACCUCCGACUUGGAGUCAGGAUGUACCGAAACGGAGGACGACCUCGACGAGGCCGAUUCCAAUGAGGACACUUACAGGGCCUCGCUUCGUCGCCAACCGUCGCUCACACGUUUCCGGGAUGCGCUGAGACUCUCGCGCAGUUCCCAUACGGGGUCGACGGGCCCCCAUCGGCUCCGGCGCCUACAGUCACAGCAGUUGCCAAGUCGUCAUCUCUCGGCGUCACGCAGUCUGGGCCGAGCGAUGUCGAGUCUGACACUGAUUAGGGCUGCUUCGGCGCCUUCCACCACGUCGCGUGCCCCUCGCUUCUCCGGCCAGGGCCUGCGCAGGCUUGUCUCCGGCCGCGGAGGGACAGCUGUCUCCGACUCGAGUCCGCGCGCGUCUCCUCGGCGUCGACUCAGCGGCCAGGCGAAGGACAAUGCGCGCUGUGGUAAAAACGUGGCGCGUCGAGACGGACACAGGGGGCUCGAAACGAGACACGAAACGCCCCACGCGAAAACCGGCAGGAGGCCUGGGUCAGUCUGGCGAGGUCGAACACGCGAUGGGCAGGAAGGAUCCGAUUCUGAAACGGCGCCAAGAGAACACGGAAGUUGUCGGCGCACCCGCCCGAAAACUUUGGGGAGGCAAAUGGAAGGACAGGAAGAGGACGCCGAAGACGCUGGUGGACGAGAGCGAGCUCGGGAAAAUCUCCAUUCGAGGGAUAUGGCGAAUUGCGGGGAAGCCAACACGACCGCGACGAGUCGCUUCAGUUCCUCACCCUUUCUUCCUGAGUUUGCGAAGUUUGAGCGAGUACACAGUGACUACGAGACAACGCUGGGACGGGAGAGCAAAAGGGGGCUUGGUAAGAACCAGCACGGCACUCACCUCCAGGCUGGCAGACUUUGGACAGAAGGGAGAAACGCGGACCGAACGCGUCUCCGACGAUCAGGGAUAACAGGGAGCAGUGCCUGCCCAGACGCGAUUUGGUGCUACGAUCGACGCCCGGGGACCCGCAGGCCUUCUUGCAUGCACAUCGACGACCCUCAACUUCCUCCGUGGCUUCGGCGGAGGUCUCCGACGACGGCAGCAACCGCAGACUCUCAGCCCUUUGCCUUUGAGGGCCGUUCAAGAAGCCUCAGCCGUGGUCCCGUCGGUCAGUUCCCAUCUGGUUUGCUUUCGCCCCUCCAAUCAGCGCACGCCGCUCAGGGGUUCGUCCGGAAGGUAACUGAUCUCGCAGGAGCCCGGGAUGACCCAGGACACUCCGGCUGGGGCAUAGCAAGAGAACGGCGGCACUCGUCUCCGGACGGACUGGCCGAUCUCUCACGGCAGGGGAACCUGGGCAGCGCCCCGCUUUUGCCGGUAGGAAGGCGGGACGACGUCUCUUUAGGUCCCGGAAGACGCAUGCAGGAAGCCUUUCCCUAUGUGUCUCAGAGUCUGCCUCUCUCGGGUGCAGUCGCCGAAGGGAUCCCACCAGACGCAUUACUCCAGGACGGAUGGCUGGCCCCAGUUCCGGCGUCCUCCUCGUUUUUUCCGGCACUCGCCAAUGUGACGUUUCAUCUGGAGGUGCGUCUUCAAGGGUGUGGAGUCUCCCUAGUGGAUGACAGUCCCCAAGAGCUUCUGUACAUUGGCGCCUCUGGCGUCCGAGCGGCUGCACGGUGUCCGGCGCUGCCAUCCACUGCCGCCUCUGUACCCUGGAGUGCUUCCUGGCGCCCAGCGCCCCUCCAUGCGGCUCCAAGUCUUCCCUUCCUCGGGUUCGACGCAGGCGCAAGGCACGCUGGAGGGCGCACGGACUUUCUCUUCUCGAUCCAUCGCUUUCAAGUCGACAACGGCACGACCGGGGCCCGCCACGAGACGGUGGUCAGACCCUGCACGGAGGACGAGUUAGCACAGCACCAGGCAGCUGGCGACCAGAAAGCCAAGGCGGGGGCGACUCUCGGGGAAGGCGUCCUCACGGGUGCUCAAGUGGGCAACAUCAUCGCGAGCUCGAUUCGCCCAUACAUUGUCUGGGGCGAGGAAAGACACGCGCGCGGAGCGGACAAACAGCUGGGCCGAGGUGCGGAGAGUGCCGUCAACGCCAUUCCGAACGACAGCGCGCUGUCCCGAGGAGGCACCCGAGGCUGGCAGGCGAAACAGCAGCUGCGUCGUCUUGAGGAGGCCGCAGCCGAGAUGAAACUGGCGGAAGGCGAAAAUCCGUUUUUGCGUGUCCAGUUUGGAGGGCGAUCUGGGCAAGAGGCGACGGUUCUCCAGUACUUUGACUGCGCCCUGGCUCCAGUAUCCAUCCACGUGGAAGUCGACACGACUUGCGAACUCGUGCGUUACCUUUUAUGUUUUGUCCAGCUCCGGAACGUGUACUUCCGGGCUUUCCAGGCAAAGAGUGUGCGCGAAAUCCGUGAAGCAGCAAGCAUGGAUCCUCGCACUGAAGGGUUCCAGAAAUUCCGCGGUCUCCCGCGAGUUCCGGCCGCAAGAGUUGCUAACGCGAAGCCCGUCUACAUCCGCACGUUCUGCAUUCGCCCGAUUCAGAUUCUCCUCUCCGCGCGGGCCCCGAGGGAGCACAGAAGACACUUGUCGAUAACGGGAACGGACGCUGUCGCGAUGCGGCAGUUUCAGCUCGUCGGCGGAACGAUGACCGAUGUGACGAAUUUCCCCAUGAAGUUUCGUCUCGUCCUCCACCGAGCUGUCUUCAGUACAAGCGACCAGCUGGGCGAGGCGCUGUUGAGACUCUACGCACAGCAAGGCCUCCGCCAGGUCCACAAGCUUGUCGCUUCGAUUGACCUCAUCGGGAAUCCUCUCAGUCUCGUUACCAGCUUCUCGGCCGGCACAAAGGCCUUUGUCAAAGACGCAUUCGUCAGAGGGUCGAACAAUGCAGAGGAAAUUGCCGAGCCGCCACGGGUGGCGGUCUGGCGCGGUCUGCGGCGUCUCUUCGAAGCAGUCGCCAUGGGUCUGUGUGGGUCUAUCAGCAACCUUGUGUCGGGGAUCUUUCGUCUCUUCGAGUACCUCCACCUCGUGGAAGGAGACAGCUUGCGGGCGAUGUGGCCAGCUUCGAUCCGUGUCACUCGGGAUGAUAUUGAGAAUCCGAGCAACUUCUGCGACGGUCUGAAGUACGGCUGCUUAGGCGCCCUGCAGCUCGCCGUUUCGUCCUUUGUGGCAACCAUCGUCUAUCCCGUCCGGGGUUUCCGGCAGGGCGGUCCUAUGGGCCUGCUGCUGGGCCUCGUCUUUGGCGUGACGGCUCUGCUCUUCGGCACCAUCGGCAGCGCCCUGACCUUCAUUCAGUGCACUUCCCGAGGCUUGUCCAGCUCUCUCAAAAAGGCGGAGAUGGUCCGACUCCUCCGUCCCCCGCGGGCCUUCCCCUCAGACCACACUGUUCAACAAUAUUGCUUUCACAGGGCUCGAGCCGUGAAACUCCUGCGAGACACCCUUCCGUCCGUUGCAGCUCGGGGCGUUCUUCAGCCGGUCGAAUCCGCUCUGCCCUUGAGAACUUCGAAUCCGGCGCACCGCAGCGGGCGCCCCGUGCACUGGGCAUCGGGCGAGGGUGCUGCCGGCUCGUUGGGGUCACCGACUCCUGCGUUCGCCGGCGUGACGCUGGAGCGGGGGGCGGCCGCCAGGCAGGCACGCGACUUUGGCGUUGGUGGGGUAGGCUGCGUGGAAGCAAAACAACUGGCAAGAGCGGUUCCUCGACAAGGUGACGCAACCUGUGGCGGCUCGCCGGAGCAUCUGAAGCGUCACACGCCGCCUGGGGGAGGGGCCGAACGAGGCGGUGGCGAGCCGUUUGAAUCGGACGGUGCUGUAGACAAUCGUAGCGGCGCUGCGCGCCAGAAAGAAGACCAUCGAAGAGCAAGGACGACUGCCCGCCUCUAUGCAGCGCCACGACCUUCAUACGCAUCGACCGAGCCUCAGGACUAUCUGGUGGCGACAGAAGAAUUACUUCUCUGUAUUCUAGAAGGCCGUGUGAAGUGGGUUGCUCGCAAGGUGGACAUCCUGGGCGUUCAUGUCCUGUGUUGUCCUUCUCAAGGCGGGCCCGGUGCGCAGCCUCUCUUUCCUGGCGGCGCCGGCCUCUUCUGGCCAUGGAGUGGGCGUCUCUGGGACACAAGCAUGAACGUCGCACCGCCACUCUUAAGUCCGACGGCCCCAGGAGCCUCGCAUGCAAAAGAAGGCGUUGGGCGUGGGCCUGCCCUCCUAGCACAUCCUCAUCCGGAAGCUGACCCAGGCUUGCAUGCAUCUCUCGAGCGCGUGCCUCUCCGAGCGUGGCUGUGCGGUUCUAGCGGCGGUGGACGAUUGAGAGACGAUUUACAGUCACAGCAACCGUGUCCGCCUAGGAGACAGGACGGCACGGCUGACCCGCUCUCCACGUCCCCUGUUUCCUUGCCCACAACAGCAGACGCAGCUGGACGGCACGAAAGGCGUCAGCAUACGUCAGUGCACACUGAGUCUGAAGCCGCGGUGCCAGCUGGAAGGUCUCAAGUCUCCCGAGUUAGCCCAGCUCCUGGGCCGAAGGCGCGGUCUUGCGCCGCUGCCGGUCCAAGCGAGGGGCUGAGCUUGGCGUGCCGAUCACCGCCUCUGUCUUUUUCCGGAGACACUAUUGUUCGAGUCACUGUCGCGAAUCGGCUGCGGCUCUCAAGGGCAGACCUUUUGGACCCCCAAGCGGCUUACCGAGGUUACGUAGAAGAAGCCGCUGCUCGAGCAGCCGAGGACGUCGCGGCGGGGAGGCGCGGGAGGUGGAACUGGUUGACUGCCAAGAAUGUUUUUCAUCAGGUGAUUGUGGGCGACGAUGCACCUGGUAGCCUAGAGGCGAUUUCCGGAUUUGCUCAUCAAAGACAGCUCUGUUCGAGUGGCGAACGAUUGAGUCAGACGGGACGCUUGGCCAAGAGCAAGAAUGCAAGUCAGUCGGGGGAGGUUCCUCUCUCCCGUGCUGGUUUGGCGGCUGAAAUUCGCUUUCCUCGAAAGCAGGAAAAGCGACACGAUUGGUGGUCCAAUCCGGUUCACACCACUGGCGGGUAUGGGCUCGACCAAAGGCGUCAGUACAGGCACAGAGGCGCGGAGCACAUUCCCGUGCUUCGUAACAAGUCGACUGACUCCCAACGGUAUCCGAAAGAAGAACUGGCCUUGGGCAGGGGAGACAGCGGAUCUUCCCGCGGAUCUAGGCAUUCCGCAGCGUUAGCUAUGACGCACGCUGCCACCGCAGGAUCAAGCGAGAUGCAGGCCAAAGAAGCUGGAGGUCCGUUGGGAUUCCCCUCAAGUCUGCGACUCGCGACCAGUCCGUUCGGGCCCAGAGGCCGGGACACUUCGAAACUGAGAGACGAGACUCCAUCCGUCCUUGGAGAAGCUAGUUGGCCUGGGUCUGGUGGGGAGAGUGGUCUAAGCUACCGAGGAAACGGAACUGAGAAUUGGGGAGCGGCUGGGCCACGAUGGCAUCGCACCAUGACGGUAUCAUCUGCGCUGACGACUCCAUACACCUCUCCCCGUCUUCAAGCUGUAGUUGUGACUCGUGGGACGGAUGCUACUUCCGACUCCUUCGACAGGGCGCACGCCGGACCACAGAGCGGAGGCGAAACUGAUGAGGACUAUCGCCGUCUGGGUGAGGCAGUGGUAGACCCUCUGUGUCUCCGCAAUGGUGUUGACAGCGAUGCAGGAGAACGCGGGUGUUACCGACAAGCGCUAGACGGAAAGAACGAACCUGCUGUGGUACGUGGCGGUGGCAGGCGGGAGACACAACGGAAGAAACAAGGCCAGAAGAACCAAAGGAAGAAGGGAAAGGAUGACGGUGAAGAGACAGCUGGUCAAAGGCUGCAUCACACGCUAAUGCCGUGGCGAAAAGCACCUCCUGACGUUCCUGAGACCAUCGCAUUCGAAGUAAAAGUGGGCGACUGGUGGAACGCAGCAGAGAUGUUUGCCUUCAUUUCUCAAUUUAUGCGUGUUGAGAAGCAUUGA